AUGGCUGAAGCCAAAGCUCCGGAGAACAGUGUCGACGGCAGACUGGAUGGAAAGUCGGACGUACCGGUGGAGCAGUUAGAAAAACUCAAAUUGGCGGAAUCCAAGGAAGGGAGCGACUUGAAAAGCGAGCACGUCGAGUAUCACAGACUGGAUUCAGUAAAAGAAAACGGCGAACUCGUCUCCCGCCUCGAAGAGCACGCGUCAGCAGACGCGGUUGGCGACGAGAAGCCUCGCGUCCACGCUUCUUCACAGCUGGACGUGCCUUCUGAGGGCAUCCACCGGGUGCUGGUCCAAGAUGGCGCACAUGUUAGCGUGCAGGACGGGGUUGCGGUCACCACUGCGCCUAGUGAGGAGAUAACGACCAAGGUGUUCCACGGAGCCGCCCGCCUCGUGCAACCCGGUUCCGCUACUACCAACCCUCAGAACGGACAUACGGCAGCCCGACGAGCCUUCAACGCGGACAUCACUAAGGAGAUUAAGAAUAACAUGGAUCAUUACUCAGCGUAUGCUGGUGUCCAGUACUCUCCUCUGGACAUGGCAGAAUACGUCUUCUGGACGGGAGACGAGAAGGGAGUCACCACUGCGAUUGAGGAGUUCCUUCAGGAGGGAUUGAUGUCCAAAGAAGAAGCGAUCGCAUUUCUGCAAGAAAUAAAGUUCAAUAUUGACUAUCUCCGGGCACAUUACUCCCAGAACCUAAAGGCGGCUGAAGAAAGCGCUCAGCAGGAGAAGCUUCGAGCCAUGCUGAUGGAGCAGGCUAGUGCUAAGGAGUACCAAUACCGCAACCCGGUGGCCCUCCAGUCGUUCCCGUUCGGGAACAGCCCCGACAUCAUCAGGUCCAUCGCCAGCAAGAACUGGGAGCUCAGCAACAACCUGUCUCCCAUCCCGGUGCUGCCAGUGACGUCGGACCUGAGGCCAGAGGCCGUGAAGCGAUACGACCCGAUGCUGCAGACUAACAUUAUCAGCACAUCAGACUACGACCGAGAUGGCCCGAUCAUCAGCGAGGAGGAGUACGAGGAGAUGAUGGACAAGCUGAAGGCGGCUGACACUCUUUACACCGAAUACACUCUCGAGGAAAUCAUCUACCAGCUCGCUAAAAUGAUGUUCUCCCAAUCCCUAUCGCACGACCCCGCCAGCGCGCGCGCCGCCACACAGAGGUUCAUGGCCUUCUUGGAACUCGAGGCAGAGAGGGGACAACUCUCGCGCACCAUUGAGAAGAAAGUUCUCGAUGUGAUGAUUGCCGCUUUAACCGACACGAUUGGCGAUCACCCAGAACUGCUGCAGGCCCGCGAAGGUCUCGGAGUUAAUUCAGCUAACAGGCUAAUGCGGCAAUUCCUGGAGGCUUCAGCAUCAGAGCCGAGCAUGUCGCGCGCCAUCUUGGCAGCUUACAAGGACGAGCUGCUCAAGGGCCCGCCUCUCCACAAGUUCGCUUUCCCUGAGAGGAACUAAACGGCAACGCCUGCAAUCGUCUUUGGCUCCAGACAAACAUAGCCGCUCAAAUAUAGCCGUUUGAAUUUUACGUUGCCGGUUGAACGGGUUUUUUUUUUUGCAAAUAUGUCAAUCAACCGUUACUGGUUAUUAUUUAUAUGUAGGUAUUUAGCUACCACUUUAAACAUUUUCGGAACAUCAAACUUGAUCGUAGCUGCACUCUUUUUAAUUGAUAUCGAAACAAAAAAACUCAGAAUUAAGGAAGAUUAAAAACCAUGUUUUAAAUAUUGUAAAUUCCAAUUAAUUUAUGAGUAGGUCGUUACCAAAAAAUAAAACAUAAAAGCACCUACUCAAAAUUGGUUUAUCAAUUUUAAAAUACUAUCAUCAAGAAGUCACAUUAUCACUAAAUUAUGAAAAAUUAAGAAGCUAUGCCAAAAUCUAUACAGAUUUUAUCCAGAAUGAGUAUUUCGAUCCGCCAAAAAAAAUCGUACAAAAAUAAAGAGAGAACCUUUUAUUCUGGAGCAGGCAUUUAUAAGGGGAAUUGAGUUUGGCAGCUAAAUUGUAAAAUUAAUAUAAUCGCCUCCAAUGUUAAAAUUAAAUAAGCCAAAACUUUUCUCUUUCAAUUAGUAAACGUGGAAUAAGAGAUUAGAAGUUAAGAAAUAUUCAAAACAAAAUGAGGUAAUUUAGAUGAAUCAAUAUUAUUUACAUAUAUUAUGACUCUACUAUCCAUAUUGUUAUUAAAAAAAUACAUUUUAAUUGUAAUAAACCUAUAUUUUUAUUUGAGAUUUAUCAUAAAGUAUUAAAAUGUGAUUAAAUAUCGUUAUAGGAGAAAUUCUCAAGUAAGAAAAUGUUAAACAGUUUAUGGUAGAGAAAUAUUAAUCUUGGUUAAUUCUUCAAUAGUCUACUAUGGUCUAUUGUAUCAAGUACGAUUAUACUAGGUUUCCAUAUUAUUGAGAAAUAAUGAUUAACGCAAAGGCGACUGUGGGUUGAAUGUUAUUGGAUUUUCGCUCUUAUGUGGACAUAAUACUGCUGAAAUUAGGGAUAGGCAAGUCGAAGGCUGGAUUGAUUUAGAUGUAAUGGAAAAGGCACGGAAUCGCGUUGGAUCUUAGUAUCAUGUCUACAUGACUAGUGAAUAUCUAUAUUUUAUAUCUACUACAUUAUUAGGUAUACUGUAUACCUACCUAAGCAUUUCCAUUUAACAAACUUCUUUAACAAAAUUUAUUCCACAAUUUAUUUUAUUCCUUCCAUUACUAAUAUACAAUAGUGUGUAAGUCAGUUACACAUACCUAAUUAUAGCUAUGCAGUACAAAUUGUGAUGUAUCUAUCUAAUUUGCAUUUUUAUUCUGAUAAACAUAUUUAAUUGUAUUUAACUGAUUGUAGGCAAAAUGUAUUUUAUAGUGUUGUUUUAGUACAUUUUAAUGUUUCAUUCAAUGCUUCAUAUUAUGAAAUGUAUAAGAUUUUAUUGACAAUUUAUUAUAGUUGUCAGCAUAUUUAACUGCCACUUAGGUAUGUGUGUGUAUGUAACAGUACAGCAUAGAGGAAUUUUAGUUAUGCAGUAAUAGAGUGGUUCAAACAAUGAAAACAGAUAGGAUAAAAAAAAAUGGCACAGAUGAUGUGACCAAUUUUAAUUUCUAAAACUAUUCCCAAUUCCUGUAGCAAGUAAAUUGGUUAGUAGUAGAAUUGAAAAUAAUAGGCACUUUACAAUACAGAGUAAAAGCAUGUAAAUAUUGACAUCUAUAAUAAACUAUCAUUGAUUAGUGUGGCAAAAAAUGUUAUUUUUAGUUAGUAGUUUAUAGUAGAACAAAAUAUAAUUGUCUUUUCAAGUAUAUGUAUACAGAGCCUUUCUAUUAAGCUUUUAGGAACAUUUCAGUGUAUUUCAACAGUAUUUAUCCCUGUUUAGAUCUUCAUUUAACGACAUGUAGAAGAAACAUGUUAGCUAGUAAGUGUUUAAUAUAAGAAAAUAUAUAAAAAUAAAAGAAUAUAAAUGAAUA